CGAUAUUUGUGUUGUUUGGUAUGGAUGUACACAUACCGACGGCGGUACGCGUAGCGCAACGACGGCGCAUAGUAAUUUCUUGUGAUUUUAAGCGAAAUAACGGUUUAUCGCAAAUAAAUCUAAAUGCGAUUUGCAAUUUAAAGUGUAGUUUGUGUUGUGCGCAUAAAAAAAUAUGACAAGCUUCAAAUAAGUUGUCAAAAGUGUUUGAUCUCCAUUAAACUAAAAGUGCUUAAAUCUAAGUAAAAGCCGAAUCCAAGUAGUUUUAAGGCAAAUUAAGCUGCGCUAAGAUUACGUGAAAUGUCCAGCAGUUCGCAAAUGUGUUGAGUGGGUGCACAGCGUUGAAGCGAGCAGUGAAGCUGUGCGGCGUUAAUUGCUUUUGUCGGUUGUGAACUACCGAAUUGUUGUUGUCUAUAACAUAUAUAAUUCACCAUUCACUUUGACAGUUUGCAUUGCAUCAACAACUAUAUAGUAACAGUAGUUGCUAAAACUUCAUGCUGUCAGCAAUUUAAAUGUGUGGCAUUUGUGCAAUUCUAUGGAACUCAAAUGCAGGCAUAGCACCGGCAAUUGUUCUCCAUGCAGACCUACAGUGCGUAUGAGUGCUCAGCAGUUGCGUGCAUUUUGGUCAGCUACAGUAACAUAGAAAUCAAUUAAGCUUGUAUGAGUUUGUGUGCUGCUGUUGCUACGAGAGGCCGAAGCAGCUGUAAGAGUUCAGUGUUGAGAUGUAAGAGAUGUUGUGCCCAAGGUAGUAAGAGCUCUGCAAUUAAAGCGUGAACGUGUGUACUUGCGUGCUUCCGUUUUGGCCAGUAGAAGGCGCCACUAUGUCGUCCUUGCUUUGUCACACGUAAACUGGCAACUGUCUGAAAGGCUAAGUUUACGUCGCAGAAGUUGUUUGUGUCGGUUUAAGCGUAGUUCGGUCGGUUUGCCGGUGGCGCUGUCGUACACUUAGUUACUAUUGGUCUUUACAUACAUACUUAUAUGUAUAUAUGUUUAUAGUGUUUGUGUGCGUAUAAUCAAUGUUUCCUGCCUUCUAGCUAACAGCGUUAUCUGUGUCACUUAGUAGUUAAAGUGCAUGAACACGUUCUUUCGCAGCGCCGUAACAAAUUCAUCCGGGAAUUACAACACUCAACUUAACCCAAUACGGAACGUAAUGGACCUAUUUGUGCGUGUGCAGCAAUAAGUAAUGCAAAGUCUGCUGCCCUUGUAACAUGUGCUAGUGAAAGGCACAACAGUCUCAAAAAUAGUAAAAAUCUACCGGAAAACUCAACUUAACGAGGUUUAUUGUGAAAAUUGUCGCAGUUAUGUACCUUUUUCCGAUAUUUGGCAUUGGCAUUGACAGAUGUUUGCUGCCAUAAGUUACGUGCACUGCAUACUCAGCGCGCUUCCACAACAAAAAGGUGAGGCAAAACAAAAAAGUCAGAAACCGUAUAUACAUACAUACCAAAGUGAGAAAAUGUGAAAAUGUGUAGAAAGUGGAAUGAAAGUGAUGUUGGUAUGAAAAGCAAGCAAAUCAAAAAUAUAAAAUUUGAAGAAAAAAAGUUGUAAAACGCAAAAGCUCAGCAAAUUAAAGCUGACACAAACGCCCUUUGCCCAGCUGCAGUUUUAAGUGCGAGGACAUAAACCUCUGGCACCUGCUAAUGUUGGCGCUGAAAACGUGGCGAGAAUAAGUGACGCGUAAUUUCAUUAAAUUUAAUACAAGUGGAAAGGAAAUAAAGCAAAUUGGCAACAAGCGAGUUCUGGAGAAAUAAGUGUAGUGGCCGCAGACAAAAUGCCUUGCUGGCCAUAAUUGGAAACGAAAUUGAAAUACAUUUUAAAUAAAAGUGCAGUAUUAUAUUGAAAUGCUGAAGUAGACAGCCAUUUGAAAAUUAAACAGAUAACACAUUUAACAAAAACAAUUUGCAGUUAUCUUUUCUGAAGCGAGACAGGAUUUGCUCAGUGAACACGGAUUCACGGACAAAUGUUGAAAGGUGUACUCGGUUCCAGAAAUAUAUUUACGAAUAUAACAAAACUCAAAUGCUCGUACGAAUGGAUCAGUUGAACUCAAAGGCAUCACCUCAGAGAGACUGCGAGAGAGUAGCGUGUUUACUAUUCAAAUAAUGUAUGAAAUUAUAAACACCAAAAGUUAAAUGAAUGAUUUGACAAGGAAGGAAGAAGUAAGAAGUUCGUUAGUGAAAUAUGGGGAAAGUUUAAAGAAAUCUAAGAGUGAAGGAGAAGAUUGAAAAUAGCACAUAAAAUAAGCAAUGAAGUCACUAAUUAGCAUGAAAAUUAGAUCGAAGUCUACGGAAAAUUGAAGCAACUUAUGCACAACUCAUCGCGGCAACUUUUGCAAUUAACACAAGAAAAGCAAUUUACCUAAUAAACACUUAAAAUUCUAAAAACUGCUGGUAAUAUAAAGUUGUAUGAAUUUGUUGCGAAAUGGCGGUUGAAACAAAGACAACAAGAAGCUGCGACAGCAGCAAGUGCAUGGCAUAAUUUUACCGUCAUUAUAAACGGAGAACGCCAUUAAACGCAAGCCGUUAGGUGCAUAAAUAGCAAUAACAAUCAUUUCAGUUAGCACCGAGCAGCCUACAAGCAUCGAGCGGGCGGAGUGAGGCAGCAACAACGCCAACAGCGGCAGCAACACUAGCUGCAGCCAGAGUCAUAAACUUAGAGGGGUGCUAUAUAGCGCCAUUAUGAUAAUGUUGCCGCGUUACUUUUACUUGCUGGAAACAAACACCACCGCACUUUCCAUACUCUUCCUACUCUUGGCAUGUGUCGGCGGCGGCGGCGGCAACAGUGGCUCAUUCGCCACAGCGGCAACAGCAACGCACGGCGCGAACAAUCAAAAUGCCAACACACGAAAUUACAGCCGCAGCGGACGUGAUAUCACGGUUUAUGGGGGCAGUAGUAGCAGCUCCUCAGCGGUGUUUCGUGCGCUUGUCUCAGCCUCAUUAACGGACAACAACAGUCGCCUGCAGUCAGCCGCCGCAUUAGCGUCCGAAGACAAUAGCUUGCAAAUGUCGCUAGUCUCCUCACCGAUAACAACUGCCUCACUGACCGCCAACAAUAUAUUUUUGGGUCCAUCGCUCUCGCUGACAAGCAGCAGCGCCGCAUCUGCUACCUCCGGCGCUGGCUCAAUGCUACAAUCCGCUUCACUGGCGGGUGGUGCCGGUAGCAGUAGUGGUGGCGCUGGCAGUUCUGGUCUUAGUAGUAGCGGACGUAGCAGUCGGCAAAAUGUCGGUGGUGCCAUAACCAACAACAACGUCAAUAGUCAUACACAUGGCGAUCAACUGCCAGCGCAAUUAUCCUCGCGCAUUAUACACACACGCAACGGCGCCAUAUCCGGUGUUAUUGUACAACUUGAAGGUCGGCAUUUGGAUCCGGUGGAAGCGUAUCGCGGCAUACCGUAUGCUUCGCCACCUGUGGGCAAUUUACGUUUCAUGCCACCUGUUUCGGCGGCCAUGUGGUCGGGCGUUAAGAAGGCCGAUAGAUUUAGUCCGGUUUGUCCGCAACGCCUACCCGACAUCGCCAACGAGACAGCCGCUUUAGAGCGUAUGCCCAAAGGACGGCUGGAGUAUUUGAAGCGCCUAUUGCCGUAUCUGCAAAAUCAAUCGGAAGAUUGCCUAUAUUUGAAUAUUUACGUGCCCAUACAAGUCGCUUCGCGUGACGCCUCUGGCAGUGGCAGCAGCAGCAGUGGAUCAAGCAACAAUGCGGGCGGUAGUAAUGGUGGUGGAGGCGGCCAAACUAGAUAUCCGGUUGUAGUGUUUGUACAUGGCGAAUCCUAUGAAUGGAAUAGCGGGAAUCCGUAUGAUGGCUCGGUGUUGGCGAGCUUUGGACAAAUACUUGUCGUCACAAUAAAUUAUCGACUGGGCAUACUAGGUUUCUUAAAUGCCAAUACAGAUCGCUACUCGAAACUGCCAGCCAACUAUGGCCUAAUGGACAUCAUUGCUGCGUUACACUGGCUUAAGGAGAAUAUUGCUGCAUUUGGUGGCGAUCCACAGAGUAUAACCCUAGCGGGUCAUGGCACCGGAGCAGCGUGUGUGCAUUUUCUCAUCUCCUCACUGGCGGUGCCAGAAGGUCUACUUUUUAACCGCGCCAUACUGAUGUCCGGCUCUGGUUUGGCACCCUGGUCGCUGGUGAGCAACCCUGCCAAAUAUGCGGCCAUCGUUGCGCAUCACGUGAACUGUGCGCCCGACCUGUCACAUGCGCAUCUUAUGAAGUGUCUGCGCGACAAGACACUGGAGCAGCUGCUGAGCGUACCCAUACGUCAGCCCGAGUUCGGUUUCGCGUUUGGCCCCAGCAUAGACGGUGUGGUCAUCGAUGGUGGUGACUAUGUACCGCCAGCGCCCGGUUCGGCUGCUGCACAAGCCCAAGCAUCGACUGCUGCCGGCAGCGGCCUCGGCGGGGGAGCAGGCAUCGCGGCAGCGGGUGGUUGGGGUACGCCGGGACAGUUGGAAAAUAUCGUAUUAAUGAGGAAAACAGCCAUUAACAAGCUGUCAAGAUAUGACCUGUUGGCUGGCGUGACACGUGCCGAGGCGUUUUUCUCCUUCAAUUCCGGCGACGUACAGUAUGGCAUCGAAGCGGAUCGUCGCUCGAAAAUACUAAAGGCCUACGUACGCAAUACGUACACGUAUCAUCUGAACGAAAUAUUCGCGACGAUUGUUAAUGAGUACACGGAUUGGGAGCGACCCGUACAGCAUCCAAUUAAUAUACGUGAUGAAACACUUGAAGCGCUUAGCGAUGCACAAAUUGUGGCACCCGCUGCUCAAACCGUCGACCUACACUCGGCGGAUCAUCGCAAUUCGUACUUGUACGUCUUUGACUAUCAGACGAGAUAUGGGGAUUAUCCUCAGCGCCAAGGCUGCAUUCAUGGCGAGGACUUACCCUACCUCUUCGGCGCACCUUUAGUGGGUGGUUUCAGUCAUUUCACACGAAAUUACACCAAAACUGAAAUCAAUCUGUCGGAAGUUGUAAUGCUGUACUGGUCGAACUUCGUGCGUACUGGAAAUCCGAAUGAACAAAUGGAAGGCGAACAUCCCGGUAGUCGACAGGAGCGAAGUCGAUACAAAACGAUUGAAUGGACCGCUUACGAGAGUGUGCAUAAAAAGUAUCUCAAUUUCGACACAAAACCAAAACUCAAGAAUCACUAUCGCGCUCAUCGCUUAUCCUUCUGGUUGAAUCUCAUUCCCGAUCUCCACAAGCCAGGCGGUGACAAUGUGCCCGCCGCACAUCACCAACUGCUGGAUGAUACCGAUGAUGAUGUCGACAAUAAUAUCGCCAGUGACGGUUCCGUUAAGCCACUCAACCCACCCUAUUCGCCGCAUGCCGGCAGCGCGGCGCUUGGCAAUUUCACAUUAUUUACUAAUCAAGUAUUCUCACUGCUGAAUCUGUCGUCACCCUCAUCGGCGCGUAAUGGCUCACGUUAUGGCGGCAAAAUGUAUGGCGCUGACGACAAUGGGGAAGCGCAUGCCGCCGGUAGUGGUUCGCCACCGGAUGGCCAAGACGGUUUUGCUGCCUACUCCACCGCACUGAGCGUCACAAUUGCAAUUGGCUGUUCACUGCUCAUCCUGAACGUGCUUAUCUUUGCUGGCGUUUACUAUCAACGUGACAAGACGCGCCUGAGUGAGCCGCGCGCGCAAACGAAACUGAAGCGACAAGAAAACGGUCAAAUGCCGAAUAACAUAUGCGGCGAUCUCGAAACUUUAACGAUACACACGAAAAACGACCCGGCGACGAUACUUUCGCAUCACCACGCAUUGCAACACCAGCACCAGCUGCCACCUCCCGAAUUCGCAGACAUACCACAUCGUGCGCCGCCGCCGCCAAAACAUUUAAAAACGCUCCAAGAUGCGAGCGGCAACAUAAAUAUGGGUGGCGCGCUCAGUGCGCCGGGCAGCGCGGCAAGCGGUGGUGGCAUGGUAGGCGGUGCCAUGGGCAGCAGCGGCAGCGGCGGCAAUGCUGCUGGUGUUGGGGGUCUGGGUAGCGCCGGCGGGCAAGGUAGUAGUGGACCCAGUGGCAGCGGAGGCGGUGGCAGCAUGAUGGGUCUAAUGCCACCACCGCACGCAUUGCAAGUCAUGGGCAAUCAAUGUGGCACGCUUACUAAAAAGAGUUGCAUGAAACAAACACAACAGCAGCAACAACAGCAACAGCUAGUUGUUACACAUCAGCAGCAUUUGCAGAAUCAUCAUAAUCAAAGCAUGACGACGGCUUUAAUGGGUGGCGGCGGUGGCGCUGUUGGUCCUCCGCCACCUUCGGUGUCCAGCGCACAAGCGCACACGCACGCAAAUGUGCAACAACAGCAACAGCAGCAGCAACAACAUCAUCAGCAAGCACAGCUACAACAAAUCCAACAGCAUCCACUAAUGGAUGAGUUGCGAGUGUGACAUUAAUUAACAGUGCGUUUCAAAUGUGAUCUCUAGCGGUGAUUAAAUGAUUGUGAUGUGAAAUGAAGUGGAAACGGGCGCCACACAAUGCCACAUAGCUCGAUUAAAGUGUGUGUGUGCCGCUUUGUGUAUUUAUGAGCGUGUGGAUGUGUGAUUUUGCGUGAGUUUGAGCGUGUAGUGGAUAUGCGUGGAUUUAAUCGUGUGCGGCGUCCUUGGUGAUAACGCCCAUUACCUAUUCUCUCUGUGGGCGUCUGUACGCCAUUGCAUUUAGUAGCAAACCAAAACGGGAUUACAUGACGUAGGCGCAUUUUGUUAAUUAUAUAUUUAGUAGUAUUAGUAUUAGAUAUAGAACCAUUCUUGAAGGUAUACAUAUAUACUAAGCACGAGGAAAAAGUUAUAUUAAGUCGUGGUGCUAGGCACAAAACCCAAAUAUUAUUUCAAAACAUGUUCUAACUGAAGCCAUAAUUAGUAGGAAAUUUUAAAACUGAAAUUUCGAUUGUCAUAAAAAAUUGAAGUUCAACAAUCAAAUAUUUUGUACAUAGUGAAACUAAAGUUAUAAAACUCGAAAGCGUGUAAACUGGUGCAUUAUUAGCCACAAUUAUAGUUACGAAGCUGGUUUUCCAACCUUUUUAGAAUCGUAUAUGAUUUUGUUACAUUUAAUUAUAAUAUUUCGUUUUGAUAUGAAUUUUGUUGUACAUAAAUUUUAAAAUUUUCCAAAUUACUGAAGUAAUGACUUUGAAGCAAAAAGUAAGCAAAUAACCCACAGUGCUGAGCUGCCAACGUAUUCAGAUGUCACUAAAGAGCCACUUAAAAAACAUCUAUUCUCAUGUACUCGUAUACUAUAUCUUAACUAAACUUUAUAGUCAUUGAGAAAAAUGCAAGCUAUUUCAUAUUUAGGAUUUUAUUUCUGCCUUGAACGAUGGUUUCGUAAAAUUCUUCUGUGUUUAGGUGCUGUUUAAAUACAACUUGUCACUCGAGCAUCCAUCUAAUUGUCUAUCGUAUGGUUAUAGACUCCACGCACUCGUUGCAUUUUCGUUAUCACCGGAAGUCUUCAAUAGUUUAUAGAUAUUUUUAGUUUUUAUGAGGUUCAAGGCAUUAAUAUCUAUGAAAAAUGAUGCAGAAGAAACAUUUGAGAGAAGAAAAAUCUGCGAUUUGGAAACUGUAAGCGGCGGCACACUUAUUACCAGCUAAACGAUAGAAAAGUAAUUCCUACAGGACCUCCUUAUUGGCUGCAAUAUAAGUUGCUUACUGUUAUAAAUCGGUAAAUAUAUUCACUUUGCAGCAUGGAAUAUGUGAAUACCCCUACUUUUUAUAAAUUUUUCCUUAAAUCUUUCAAUUUGAUAUAAGAUUCUUACUGAAGAAGUCUACCUACUCAUAUCAGCACUUUUCCAAAGUAUCUCUAAGUUCGGGAAAUACAACAUUGCUGGGGGUUUUGUAUUCAAAGUAAAAAUUGCAAUCACCUUAUAUUCUAACUUUUUUGGCAUCAAAAGCUUUCUGAAAUGUAAAUAGAUCAAAUUUCGGCAGAGUUGUAUUAAUUUUAUGAGCCUAUCCAAAAUGAAACGUUUAAAGUUCCAACAUAUUUAACAAAAAGGCUCUGCUACAAUUGGCAAUAGCUUUAUACUGCAAAAAUAUCUGAUAUACCGUAGUAUCUUCAGUUGAGUCCUGCCUGUACAAAUAACAAACUGAUUGCUAUCUUCCACAAAAGCGGGGAAAACCUUAUAAAAAUAUGUGUGGAAACUUCCUUCUUCCAUCUUCUCUUAAUAUGUACUCCUAAUUGCUUAGGCAAAGCAUGUCCGAUGUUCAUUUAUAUUGGAUGUCAAAUGUCACCCUUUAAGUAUCGGAACACCAUCUGACCUGAAAUUCUAUGUAUAUAUCGAGAGUUCAGCAAUUUUAGACAUUAAUACAACCGUGAUUACUUCCAGUAAUGAGUGAUAUUAUCCUUAGCAAUGUAGCGGCAAUAUAUAUAGCCGCAAGGAAUGAGACAGCAAUUCAUAUGAACUCACAAGCUUUGGCUACCAAAGUCUUUAAAUCUUCUAAACACUAAACAAAUUAUAUUUUUUGUGGAUAUUUUGUCUGAAGAUCAAUUAGUAUUACCCUUUUUAUUCAAAUUAUUUGAAUUUUCUGUGUAGUCACAGUCGUGAGCACACCUGCGAAGGAGUGGCGUUAAUAAAUAAAGAUAUUUUGUAUGAAAAAAGUAUCCAUUAUUGAUUUUUGAAAAUCAGUUCUUGAUUUACAAUAUCGAGGGAUCUGAAAGUGUGAAUAUGACAGCAUUUAAUGCCCUCAACUUAGGCUCCCUUGCAUUCCUGGUUUACUCUACCAGCCUGCUGCUAACACGAAUUCUGUUAAGCAUUUAUUUAUUUAUUAUAAAUUCUUUAAGUUUUAUAAGUAAAUAACACUUUGGUUCCCUACUAGACACUGAUAUAACAAAUUUAAAGUAGCUUUCCGUAUUUGUGUAAAUUAUUCUUCCAAAGACUGAUUAAGUGUGUAUAUAAUAAUUACCGUUAGUGUGCAUCUAAUACAAAAUUAGUGUGUAUAUGUGCGCAUAAGUAGGUUUGUAUGAACUAAUAAGUGUGAAGUAGAUAUUUUAAAUGCAUGUAAAUAAGCAAAGGUAGCCGUAGUACUAAAACAAAAUGAACGUUGUUAGAAAAUUUUCACACAAACCAAAUGUAGACUAAUGAACUGAAUGCAGAAUUUUUCUUAUUGCAAUGCGGAGACGAUCGGAGAUAGAUUUUGUUUUGAAACCUAAGUUCCAGUAUUUUAAUAGUUUACUAUCUUCUUGAACCUAAAAAAGGUGAAUAAAAUUAGUUAUUCGCUUUUGUUUCUUUUGUAAGAGAUAUAAACUCUAAAAAAUUACUAAAAUUUUCGACUACCAAUAAUGAAAAUAUAUUUUCAUUAAACUCUAUUUUUUUUACUUUUUAGAGUUUCUAUUUCUUACAAUCAACCAAAAUCACUUAUGACUAAUCUUAUUCACCUUUUUAGAUUCAAGAAGAUAUUAAACUAUGAAACUAUUAGAACUUAAGUUUCCGCUUAUUAUUUAAAAAACAUAAAGAUUCUUUAAACCUUCUGAUAUGUUAUGUAUGUUUGUGUGCGUGUGCAGGAUAUGUAAAGUUAUUAACUUACAGGAAUAGUUAGUUCAGAUUUGAGUAAGUUUGGCGUAAGUAAGCAAAUGUGUAAUCUACAAAAACUUUGUAAGCAGCUUACUGAAAAUCGAAGAUUAAAAAGAAAUAUAUAGACACUAUAUAUAGUAUAAACAACCAUAGCAAAUAACUACCUAGGGUAACUAAAUCAUAACGUGUAUAAAAAUUAAAAAUAUAUAUAUAAAUAUAUAUAAUUUAGUUGUAAGAAGUAAACAAGCAAGCAACAACAAGACUACAUUGUAAGUGAAGCGAUAAGUAGGAAAUAAAUAAUUUGAAUAUUUACUAAGUAUUUUUAAGUAUUAGUGCGUAUAAGAAUAUGUAGCAUAAAAGUACGCAAUAAGUACUUAACCUAUAAAAAUCUGUGACACAAUUGUAUUUUUAGUGCUGCAGUUAAAGCAGUAAUUACUUGUCAACACCAGCAACAACGCUGGCAACCGUGUUUAAAAGCUAUAAAAUGACAACCUGUGCAAUAUAUAUAGAAAACUAGUUAAGCAUGGAAAAAAUUGUGGUAAUAUAAGUAUGUUAUAAUUGUAUGAUGGUGAGCGUACGAAAUUUAAAAUGCGUAAAAAGUAAGGGAUUAAUAAUGGAUAAUAAAAGGCAGAAUUAAUAUUAUAAA